AUGAAACUCUUUCCCACUGCACUCACUGCCCUCGCUCUCGCUGCGGUUGCUACCGACGGCUCACCCAACGUACGCGCGGCUGUUGCAAACAGCAAACACAUGCACAACGUGGAUCAAGAGAGCCCUUUGCAGGAGUACCAGCCUAGUAGCUCUGCGAGCAGCAAUGGCUGCAACCUCACGGGCACGUACAAGAAAGGCACUGACGUUUCGUCGUGCAGCUCCAUCACCAUCGAUUCACUCAGCGUGCCGCCUGGUGUGAUGCUGGACCUGACGAAGACGAAGAGAGGCGCCGUCAUUGAGUUCAAAGGCACCACUACUUUCGGACAGCAAAAGUGGAACGGUCCACUCGUCAUGGUCACUGGAACGGAUCUCACCAUUAAGGGACCAGGCAUCCUUGACGGGCAAGGAAGCUGGUAUUGGUCCCAAGGCGCGUCCAUCGUACGUCCAGUCUUCUUUCGUCUCCAAAGCGUCAUCAACUCGAAGGUGUCUGGGCUCAAGAUCCUGAACAUGCCCUACCGGACGUUCAGCGUCGUGACGUGUAAGAACACGGUUAUAUCUGGUCUCACGAUCGACUCGAGCGCAGGCGAUGGCAUCGCCGAGAACACGGAUGGGUUUGACUUGUCCAAGAACGAAGGGGUCACGAUCACCGGCAACACGAUUCACAAUCAAGACGACUGUCUCGCUAUGCAGUCGAGCACCAACACUGUCUUUAGCUACAACACCUGCUACAAUACGCACGGCAUCUCGAUCGGGUCCCUUGGUGGCAACGCCGUUGACGCUUCGACGACGGUGCGGGGUCUGACUGUUGAGGGCAACACGAUCGUCAACAGUGACAACGGUCUCCGUAUCAAGACCCUCAUUGGCCUUAAGGGACUCGUCACUGACGUGAAGUACAUCAACAACAAGGUUCAGAACGUAAGGAACGCGGUCUCUCUCCACUCGAACUACCACAAGGGAAUGGGCAGGUACUCGGGUCCGCCUACGAGUCAGGUGCAGAUCACCAAUAUCAUGAUCUCCGGUCUCACUGGCUCGGCGGAAAAAGUGUACGACAUCCAGGUCAACCCGAACGUGGUAUCGGGUUGGAACUUCAAGGCCAUCGAUGUGAGCGCGUCGAUGGAGAGCACGGUAGAAGGCAUGCCCAAUGGCAUGGCCGCUUAA